CAUCUCCAACUCACAGAAACGGAUAACGCGCUAGAUAUUCUCCCCCCUCUCUCUCUCUCUCUCUCUCUCUCUCUCCUUCCACUUCCAGUCCUCCCUCAUCCUCCAUUCCUCCUCACUCCAUACUCUCUCUCUCUCCACAAGCCACUCAUGAGGAGCUGAACGAAACCCUAGAAACCUCCAACUCCAUGGCGAAAACACUAAUCUCAUCCCCUCCCUUCAUCACCACCACGCCCCACCCUUCCCUCUCCCGCCAUGGCCUCCUCCACCCUCUCCCUCGACGCACCACCAGGCUCCUCUCUACCAGAGUCAACCUCAGCUUCCACGACCUUCCCCCUAUCCCCUCCUUCGACUCUUCUGCCGAUUUCAGCGCAAUCGUAAGCCGCGCGGAGGGCCUCCUCUACACGCUCGCCGAUGCCGCCGUCGCCGUCGAUCCGGCCGCCUCCACUGACCCCGCCGCCGUCCAGAAGAACGGCGGGUGGUUCUCCUUUAUCGCCGAUGGCAUGGAGGUUGUUUUGAAGGUGCUGAAGGAUGGUCUCACGGCAGUGCAUGUCCCUUACGCUUAUGGAUUUGCCAUUAUUUUGCUCACUGUUAUUGUUAAACUCGUAACAUUUCCACUGACAAAGCAACAGGUUGAAUCAUCACUUGCUAUGCAAAACCUUCAACCAAAGAUCAAAGCAAUCCAAGAAAGAUACAAAGGAAAUCAGGAAAGAAUACAACUUGAGACAUCACGGCUCUAUAGGCAGGCAGGGGUAAAUCCUUUGGCAGGGUGUUUCCCAACUUUGGCUACAAUACCAGUCUGGAUAGGUUUAUAUCAAGCUCUAUCAAAUGUUGCAAAUGAGGGACUACUCACAGAAGGCUUCUUCUGGAUCCCCUCUUUGGGAGGCCCAACUACUAUAGCUGCUCGACAAAGUGGUUCUGGAAUUUCUUGGCUUUUUCCAUUUGUGGAUGGCCAUCCACCCCUGGGUUGGCAUGACACUGCAGCGUACCUUGUUUUACCUGUCCUUCUUGUUGCUUCUCAGUUUGUUUCAAUGGAGAUCAUGAAGCCACCCCAGAGUGAUGAUCCAGCUCAGAAGAACACUCUUCUUGUUUUCAAGUUUCUGCCUCUUAUGAUUGGUUACUUUUCCUUGUCUGUUCCGUCUGGAUUAUCAAUUUACUGGUUCACAAAUAAUGUCCUUAGCACUGCACAACAAGUAUGGUUAAAGCAACUAGGCGGUGCAAAGCCUGUUGUAAGCAAGAAUGCAAGUGGCAUCAUCAGUGCAGGACGUGCGAAACGAUCAGGCUCUCAGCCAGCGCCAACUGGUGAUAGGUUUAGGCAGUUAAAGGAAGAAGAGAAGAAGAAAAAGUUGAAUGAGGUGCUGCCUGCAGAGCAGGUUGAGGUUCUGGCUUCUACAUCUGAGUCUGAAGAUGGAUCAGAUGAAGUGACUAAUGCCACGAAGGAGGAGGCUUUGGAUGAGGUAUAUGCUUCCAAUGGAAGCAAACCACUUCCAGAUUAUUCUAAGCCAAAGAGGAGUAAGCGGUCGAAGCGGAAGCGUGCGGUAUGAUAAUGUAUUCUUAUUUGCAUGUAGGUUCUGUGAGUCCUGUAUAUUUAAAGAAAUUGUAUCUUAGUCGAUUCAUAGUAGCCAUUUUUAUGCUGGCUCGUUCAUGUAAGGUUUACCAGCACUUUUGGUGAAGAUCAAUUUUUGGAAGAUGGAAAGUUUUACAUCCCA